AUGGAAGGUGGAUGCGAGGAUGAAACGGCGGUGGGGAUGGCGGUUGCAGUUGUGGAGGAGGGUUGUGCAACGCCUAAGCAUGAGGGGUGUCGGAUACCAUCAGUGCCGGUGGUGUGUCCUCCCCCACCAAGGAAAAAACGGUGGUCAGCUUAUGGUAGCGGCGGAGGAAAGCGGGAACCACCAAAGGACGGGUAUUUCAGAAUGGUUCUCUAUCACCGGAGAUUUCAUCAUCAGGCGUUGGUCGACCAUCUUCGAUCAAUGGCACACUUGUCGGCCGCUCAACCAUCUUCCGUCAACGUUGCAAUCAUCGACAUCUCUGUCGUUCUUGAUCACCGAAACACUCCGACAUCUUCACCAUCAUAG